AUGCAACAGCCAGCAACUGCUCAGCAAGUUAAGCAGCUGAAGUACUUGAACUAUCUAGAUAACAUAGACAACUAUGAAAAGAUUAGCACUGUCAAUAUCAACAUGAAGUCAAGUCUGGUUCAUGGCAAGCAGCAUCAUCAGCUGAAACUGUAGUCUGGAGAAGAUCAAGAUGAUAGUGAUUACGGAGGCAAGGGCCUCAGCAGUGGGGGUAAGUUCCUUGAUAAACUCAACAAGAAUGAGUUCUUAAAAGCAAAGCCAACCAAAAAUAGUAGAAAUGACUAUAACUUAGCAAUUGGGUCUAAUUCAUGGAUGGGCAGUAAUAACCAGCAGAGCAAAGAGUAAACAUCCUCCAAUUGGAAGCAAAGCUCAAAUGGGUAAAAUCAGCCAAUACUGCAAUCAGGGUAUAACACAGCAACUGCCUUUAACAAAAAGAAAAGCAGUCUAAUGAAGGCAGCAAAGAGUGCCUAGCUACAAAAGAUUGAAGGAAGACAGAGAAUUAGAAGCAAAGAGUUUUAAGAGUUCUACAGAGAUGAAAAUGUAUUUUCUGACUUUAAUCGUCCCGCUUAUCAAAAUAAAUUCGUAAGUCAACUAAGGGAGGAGUUGAAUGAUCAGUUUAAAAGCAAAAAUCUUACAGCUAAAAUGAGUUAUUCCCUAGGGAGAAGAGUGUAAACACAAAUCAUAGAAUCUGGCAUCAUAGAUAAGCAGUCGAAGUACCUGAAAAAAGUCACAGUUAAUGCACUGUCAGAUUAUUAAAGAAAUGUCUUUGACUAGGAAGAGUAUGAAGGCAUAAGAGAUAAAAUGAAGAAAUUAAAAGGAAGGCAUCAUCUACUUAGAGCAGCUGUAAAUAAAUCAAUGAAUUCUCAAGAUAGAGUCAUUUAGUCUCAGCUUAUGGAUAAACAACUAAACCUUCCACAGAUGAAUAAAACUUAUCACAAUGUACGCAAAAUUUACGGCGAUAGGAAUAGAGAGACCUAUAACUAAACUGAAGUCUCUACUGCGCAUCCAAGUGGAGCAGGGAAUGAACCUGGUGGAUUUGGUGAAAUAAAUUACAAAUCAUCUGGAAAAUGGAACUAUAACUCAGUGUUCAACUCAUCGGCUUCAAAUAGAAACCCGCAGAUAGACUAAAGUCCAAAGAAGAGUUUACAUUUGAAGCAAUAGCAUAGUCUAAGAAAUUAAGCUAAAAACAGCUAUUAGAUAACUAGCAAUAACAGUUAACACGAAUAUAUGGAUGCUAAAUAAUAUUAACACCAAUAAUAGUAGCAGCACUACGAUUCAAAUGGGGAGGAUUAUAUAUAGCAAAAUUUUGAGAUAGUUAAAGAUGAUUAAGGCCUAAUUAUUAAUCAAGAACUAGCAGCAGAAGAUUAAUACUAGACAAUGCUUGAUUAAAUUGAUCUGAAGAAGUAUAAGUACUUUGGUGGAGAGGAGAAACUUAAUGAUAUCAAUGGUAUCAAAGACCCCCAGUACUAGCAUAAACUAGACAUUGAGGAAAUAAAUCGAUACAUCAGAGAGAAAUCAGAGAAAAUGAGGAACUAUAGACAGUAGAUGGACUUUAUCAACAAAAAAGCCUAAAGUAAAUGGAUGAAGCAAAGGGAGAAUAAAAGUUCUCUUGAUAUACCCAAUGGAAGUGGAAAAUCUAAUUAGAAGAAUAAAGAUAAAGAUAUAAAGGAAUCCCUAGAGAUAAUGGAAAAGUUAUUCUUAUACUGGGACACACUGGCUGAAAACUAGAUUACUAUGGAGCAGCUAAACGAAAAAUUGAUAAUAUUCGGAUUAGCACCUAAUGAAAAAAUGACUGAAAGCAUUAUAAAGCUGGUCAAAUUUUAGCAUAAACUAGACCAAAAUGCAACUCACAUUAAGAGACAUCAAUUCUUGUCUCUAUUUUAAUUCAACAGAUUUCUUCAGCCAGUGAUUGACUUGAUUAUCAAGAAAUUUUAAGACUUAAAAAUAUAGGAAGAGUUAAUGUAGAAGCAGCAACAAUUAAAAAGCAAGUAAAUCCUAAGCAGCGAAGUAAGUCAAAACAAAAGACCCUCGAAUAGUAAUACAGUCAAGAUUAACUCUAAGAUAGAACCAUUGAGUCCUGUUUCGUCUAGCAAAAAAGAUAGAUAGAACAGCUCUGAUAAAAAGUAAAGCAGUAAAAGCACAUUGAAUGAUUCCUAAUCUAAAUUGAAGCAUGUAAAGAUUAACUCAAUACCAAAUGACCUCUCUCCUAUCAAUGAAGAAAAAUAUAAGUAAAGAGUGCUUUCCCCAAUCAGAAGACAUAACUAAUAGCAUAAUAGAGUGGGUGUCAGUGAAGCCUAUUAAAUGAUACAGCAGUUUUGGAAUGAAUGCGAUGGGGCUAAAUCGAAUGAAAUAAAAAAAGAUAGUUUGAUGGCUUUCCUGAGGUCGAAUAGAAUCGUUGCUGAUAAGUUUCAAUUCGAUGAAUUCAUGAAAUUCAUGCUCAUUACUGAUGAUCUAACAAUUGUGAAUACCAUAAACAAACCACAGUUCCUAAUUAUGUUUUGCAAGCCAAUAUUUAUGAUUGGGAUAGGUAAUGCACUCCAUAUUUCAAGGUUACAGCAAGCAAAAGGUUCUGGACUCCUGUCUAAUAUCGAUCCUUUGUCAUGUUAAAUAGUGAAUCAUCAGAGAGAUAUGCUUUAUUCUAGCUUUGAUACUCAGCCUGUUCAUGGCUCAUAAAUAUAGAGUCCUGAACAAUAGAUUAAGAUUCCAAUGGGUAUAGGUGCUGGAAUUGCACAUAAAGUUGCAUAGAAUUUAUACAAUAAAUCAAUAGUGCCUCAUAUAAAUUAAAAGGAUUUAAUUACUGCAAUGAGUGAUAUCUAGAAGAAAUAGACUACUAUAGAUAUUAAUUUAAUCCGAGAGGAAUUUCAAAAGCAGUUUACAUUAACUAAGCAAAGAGAACUGCAAAGAAGAAUUACUUAGAAUAUGCUAAAUAGCAGAAGUUAAAGUCUUGAGAAGCUACAAAUUAUUUGA